AUGCUCUUUACCGCGUUAUGGAGGAGCACCGUGUCUAUAGCUGCAGUGAAAUCUGUUGUGCCUCUCUGCGUGAUCCUCCUGUGUUUCUCUAGAAUUGUGUUCCAGAGUCCGGCUCCGGCCUGUAGCCUCCAACUGGUGCAAGCAUAUGAGGACUAUGACUAUUUCCAGGAUGGAGACAUCAUCAUUGGGGCAGUGUUUACGCAUGUGAACCUGGACCCAAAUAUUUUACCAAAUAUCACGCUGGGAUACCAUUUAUACGACUCGUGUUUAUACGCGGGUAAAGCUGUGAAAAGCAUUAUUCAGAUAUUAUCUGGACCAAAGAAAACAAUCCCUAAUUAUUCCUGUAUGGAUUCUAACAGGGUGGCCGGAUUUAUUGGGGAUCAGCAUGCGAUAACAACAGUCCCCAUAGCGCAGGUACUGGGGGUGUACGGAUACGCUCAGAUUAGUUAUGGAGCAUCAGACUACGAGGUCGAUAACAGACGUGUUCAUUCACACUUCUUCCAGACAUGGAAGAACAACCAUAUCCACCUCAAAGUUAUAUGUCAGCUUCUGAAGUACUUUGGAUGGACUUGGGUGGGAAUUCUGACUUCAGAUGAUGACAGCGGGGAAAAAGAGACACAGGAGCUCAUAUUUCACUAUAUAAAAAAGGUCAAAUAUUUUUUGGAAUCUGGUGGUUCAUUUUUCAACGAGACGCUUAAAGAGUUUGGAUUUCGUUUUAAUAUUGUUAACUGGCCUCCAAGGUCUCAGUGUUCAGAGAACUGUUUGCCAGGAUACAGAAAAGUCUUAAGACCAGGAACACAAACCUGUUGCUACGACUGUGUCCAGUGCUCGGAGGGAGAGAUAUCCAAUAUAUCUGAUAGUGAAAAAUGCAUAAAAUGUCCAGAUAUUGAAUGGUCCAAUGAAACAAAGGAAAAGUGUAUUCCGAAAGUGGUGGAGUUUCUAUCAUACACCAAUGAUGCCAUUUCUAUUGUUUUAUCAUGUUCCUCGGUUCUUCUUUGUGUGUUAACACUUGUUAUACUAAUAAUCUUCACAGUCUACAGAGACACACCUGUUGUGAAGGCCAAUAACAAGAACCUCAGCUUCCUUCUCCUGGUUUCCCUCAUGCUGAGCUUCCUCUGUGUGUUUCUGUUCCUUGGUCGUCCUGAGGAUGUAACCUGCAUGCUGCGCCAAACAGCUUUUGGAGUCCUCUUCUCAUUAGCCGUGUCUUCUGUUCUGGGCAAAACAAUAAUGAUCUAUAUUGUUUUCAAAGCCACCAAACCUGGCAGCCCCUGGGCAAACUGGGUCAGCACCAAGGUCUCUAAUUCCAUAGUAUUGUUGUGCUCAUCCAUUCAAUUGAUAAUUAAUAUUUGUUGGUUAGCUAUUUCUCCUCCAUUUCAAGAGCUGGACAAACAUUCUUAUCAGGGAAAGAUCAUCGUUCAGUGUAAUGAGGGCUCGGUUAUUGCCUUCUACUGUGUCCUGGGUUAUAUGGGGCUUCUGGCAGCUGUUAGCUUUAUUAUGGCUUUUUUAGCCAGGACAUUACCGGACAGUUUUAAUGAGGCCAAGUACAUCACCUUCAGCAUGCUGUUGUUCUGCAGCGUUUGGAUUGCGAUGAUCCCGGCAUACUUGAGUACCAAAGGCAAAUACAUGGUGGCCGUAGAGAUUUUUGCCAUAUUGGCCUCAAACGCUGGACUUUUGAUGUGUAUAUUUUUACCCAAAUGUUACAUAAUUCUGUUAAGACCUAACAUGAAUACUAAAUUAUACUUGCUAGGGAGCAGAAAUAAAAACCAUCACCUAAUAACAUGA